AGACCGAUUCGAAUAAUUUGCAAAACCAUAGGAUUCAAAAACUUUCUCCUCUGUCAUAUUGUUAUGAGCAUGUCCAAUUCCAAUUGCAACAGAGAUUUCCAUAACAGAUUGAUGCACAGAUCAAUGUCAUCUGGGUUGAUAAAGAUUCUAGUCGUUUUGAUCUUCUUCUCAAAUGUUCCCUUAAAAUCUGAGGGACAGUUUCAUGAUUGGUGCAUAGCUGAUGAACAGACACCAGAUGAUGAGCUGCUGCAGGCUGUCAGUUGGGCAUGUGGCAAUGGUGCAGAUUGCAGCAAAAUACAAGAAAAUCAGCCAUGUUACCUCCCAAAUACUGUUAGAGAUCAUGCUUCUUAUGCAUUCAAUAGCUAUUACCAAAACUCAAAGCAGAAAGGGGCAAGUUGCUACUUCAAUUCUGCUGCUGUUUUAACUGCUCGUGAUCCAAGUCAUGACGCAUGCAAGUUUGACGUUAUUCCUUGAUCGAUCUUCUUUCCCAGAUUGGAAGAGUUAAAAACUAUGCUUUUCUUGUUAUUCCUUCUUUUAUCUUUUUCUUUUUCUUAUUAUUACUUAUACAAAACUUAACAAAAAAAUUAACUACAUGAAAUGAUGUGAGAAUUUUCGUUUGAGUAUCCAA